AUGGACUACCUACAGGUACCAACUCGCGACGAGGUACACAUUUCUGAAAUUUUUAUUACCGAACUUGAUCACAUCCUAGAUUAUCCCAGACCAAUGUUACCUAACACAAAGCUGAUUGGUGGAUCUUCUGUCAGUGAGUCAAAGCCUUUGAUUGGUGAGUUUAAACAGUUUGUUGAAAAAUCAACCAAUGGGAUUGUCGUUGUGUCUUUUGGAAGUAACGACUUUCCAAUACCUAAAGAUAUUGUAGCCAAAAUGACUUCUGCUUUUGAACAACUGAGCUUUGACGUCAUUUGGAAAGUGAACAUGACGUCUCCUGUUCCAACCAAAAUUAUGACGUCACACUGGAUCCCCCAGAAUGACCUACUUGGUCACGCAAAGACCAAAGUCUUUGUUUCCCAUUGCGGAAAAAAUAGCCAAUACGAGGCCUUGUACCAUGCUGUGCCUAUCCUCUGCCUGCCUAUCUAUGCUGACCAGUUCUACAACUCUGAGCGAGUACGUGUCAAAGGAUACGGCCUGAGGGGGGAUGUCAGAGAAAUUUCCGCAGGAGAACUGACAGACACAAUACAAGAACUAGUCUAUGACACAAGUUUCAAAACAAAUAUCGAGAAAGCUUCCAAGCUAUUCAAAGAACUUUACAAAGUUCCAUCCAAAGAAGCCGCUUACUGGAUAGAUCACGUGAUGAAGUAUGGCGGAGACUAUAUGAGGUCAUCAGGACAGGAAAUGCCGUUGUAUCAAUUUCUUCUUCUUGACGUCAUCGCUUUUAUAGCAGCUGUUCUGUCUGGAGUUGUCGUUAUUUUUAUCCUCAUUGUCAGGUUUUGUUACAGACGGUUUUUCAAACAGCUGACAGUUAAAAUUAAGAAAGAAUGA